AUGGCAGACCCAACUUCAUAUGUAAUAAAACCAGUUGUGGAUAUCAUCCUUAAGAGUACUACCAAGUUGAUCCGGGAGGAGUUUUCUAGGGUCCAUGGAAUCAAGAAAGUUAUAAAGGACCUGGAAAGUAAGCUCACUAGUAUUCAAAGUGUGGUUGAAGAUGCUGAGAACAAGCAAGUGAAUGAGCCACAUCUGAAAGAUUGGCUCAGAAAGCUCCAGAAUGCAGCUUCUGAUGCUGAAGACAUAUUGGAUGCUUUUACUACAGAAGCCUAUCUUUGGAAACAAAGGCAGAAGGAACAUAAAUUCCCGACCACACUGAGUAUAAGCAGAACAUCCUAUAAACGGGAUGCAGCGCAUAAAAUUGAAAAAAUUUUAGAAAGAUUCAAUAGGAUUGCCAAAGAAAAAGAAGCUUUCCAUCUCAACAUCAAAGUUAAUGGCGGUGAUAUUGUGAGCCCAAAUUACACAGGCUAUUUUGUGGACAAGUCAGGCGUAGUUGGCAGGGAGGAUGAUAAAGAAAGGAUAAUGCAUGUGCUGCUAUCGAAUGAAUUUGAUAAAGAACGAGACGUUUCUGUGAUUCCCAUCAUAGGGAUGGGGGGCCUUGGAAAAACAACUCUUGCUCAACUUCUCUUCAAUGACGAAAGGGUAAAUGAGCAUUUUGAAGCCAAAAUGUGGGUCUGCGUCAUAGUCCAAUUUGACCUGACCAGGAUUCUCAAAGAAAUGAUACAAUUUCAUUCUAAGAUGAAAUUGGAUGACAGCUCCACAAGCGACCUACAAUCCCGGCUUCUAGAAUACAUGGUUGGACAAUGUUUCUUACUUGUUCUAGAUGAUGUCUGGACUGAGGAUUACCUAAAAUGGGAACCCCUAAAGGAUCUCUUGAAACAAGGGGCAAAGGGAAGCAGAGUCUUGGUCACCAGUCGGAUUACCAAGGUUAAGGAUAUCAUAGGUACACAGCCUCCCCAUCUUUUGGGGUAUUUGCCCGGAGAGGAAUGCUGGUCUUUGUUUGCAAAAACUGCAUUUCAGGGUGUCAGUUUGUCCAGCCAAAGGCAGGAAGUCUUGGAAGACAUUGGUAGAGAAAUCGUCAGAAAGUGCAAAGGUCUCCCAUUGGCAGUCAAGGCAAUCGGAGGUCUCUUACGUGGUUGCGUUGAUGAUGUAAACAAGUGGAGGAAAAUUCAAAGCAGUGAAAUAUGGGAGAUAGAGGAAGAGAACUCCGGAUAUGACAAGCCCAAAAUUUUGGCUAUUCUGAAAUUGAGCUAUGACCAUCUACCUUCUCAUCUAAAGCGCUGUUUUUCUUACUGCUCCUUAUUUCCUAAGGCAUACAUUUUCCACAAGGAAGAGUUGGUCAAGCUCUGGCUUGCGCAAAGGUUUAUACAAGCUCGAGAACAAGAGAAGGAAGAGGAGACUGGAAUCAAAUAUUUUGAUGAGCUCUUUGUAAGGUCCUUCUUUCAAGUUUCAGUCAUUGACAACAAGGAGAUAUUCAACAUGCAUGAUCUUAUCCAUGACUUGGCACUAUCGAUUUCAAGCCCCAGUUGUUGUCUAAUUAAUGAUAAUGAGCCAUACAAUUUCUGA